UCGUCGAUUAUUUAUUAUUAUUAUUAUUAUUAUUAUUAUUAUUGGGCACGUCGUCGAGAAGUGAAUUUGUAAAGAGAGGGCGAGAGCAGAAAGGCUGGAUCACCUUCGUGGAAUGUCUUCCGGCGCCAAGCGGCUGGUACAGUCGCUUCGGGGCCGUAGCGCCGGUAGAAGUAGCGGAGGCGGAAGGACCGACUCUUCAGGGGGCGAUGGCAGCGGAAACGGAGGUGGAGCCAGCACCAGUGCGACCAGACUUUUCCAUUAUGAUAGCGGUCAUGAACUCGAUGAGAUAUCCGUCGUCGGCGGCAUUUCUCGGGGAAACGAGGGGCUCACAACGCCAACCACACCGUGUCACUGCAGCGGCCUCAAUAAAUACGGAAGUGGACAAACCCUCUACAGCAUUGCCGGUUCAGUUCCGCCAGCGCCAGCGGCUCCCAUUCACCGAGUUGCUCCUGGGGCAAUCGUCACGUCGACGGGCGGUGGAGGUGGCGGCGGCCAUGCGGUCGAUCGCCUGAGUGUUGGUUCAGCAGUCACAUUGGGCUGCACGGUCGAAAAACUUGGCGAAAGAGUUUCCAGAACAGGAAAUGGAAGAGGUACCAACAGAGAUAGGGACGACGACACAAAGAGUGUGGAGAACGUGUCCCGAGGCGUUCUACCCUCAAGACAAAGUCUUCUUGAUCUCGUCAGCAGUAAGUUCAUGGGCCGACAUACUCCCACCCACCACUACUAUCACCAUCAGCAACAGCAGGUAUACUCUGUGUCGCAGCGAUACUUCAGCUCGUCUCGAGACUCGCUUCAAGGGGCUUACGUGAAUCGAGGAGCGAGUGAACUCGAUCUCAGCAGAAGAGCGCGGCGAAAGGAUCAUCUCAGGGGCAGGUUCAAGCUCUCGAAUGCCGUUGCACUUGCCGCCUCCUCACGUGACACAUCACAUCUUCAUACACCGGCAUCGGUUAAUCAUCUCAACAACAGCAGCAGCUGUAAUGGCACCGAAACAAGGUAUACGGCUCAUCAACAACAGCAGCAAAGAGGCAGCAGGGGAUUUCCCGGGCAGCCUGGGAGUAAGGGAUUCCGCACCGGUGCCCCGAAUUGGUCCUUUGUCUUUGAUCCUGCGGGACGUCUCUGCUACUAUUGGUCGAUGGUGGUAUCACUUGCCUUCCUCUACAAUUUCUGGGUCAUCAUCUAUAGGUUCGCCUUCCAAGAGAUCAACGGUGAAACUCUGGUUGUGUGGUUUUGUCUGGAUUACUUGUCGGAUUUUCUCUAUUUGAUCGAUAUAGCCUUUCAUUUUCGUACGGGUUAUCUUGAGGACGGUGUGUUACAAACCGAUGCCACAAAAUUAAGAACACAUUAUAUGAACAGUACCACAUUUUACAUAGACUGCCUGUGCCUGUUGCCUCUCGACUCUUUAUACUUAUCUAUAGGAUUUAACAGUAUACUCCGAAGUUUUAGGCUCGUUAAAAUUUAUCGAUUUUGGGCGUUUAUGGAUAGAACUGAAAGACACACGAACUAUCCGAAUUUGUUUCGCUCCACCUCCUUGAUACAUUACUUACUGGUGAUCUUUCACUGGAACGGGUGCCUCUAUCAUAUUAUUUAUAAGAACAAUGGUUUCGGGAGCAAAAAUUGGGUUUACAAGGAGUCAAAAUCGACGGAUGUUGUCGACCAGUACCUGCAGAGUUACUAUUGGUGCACGUUAGCUCUCACAACCAUUGGCGACCUUCCAAGACCAAGAAGCAAAGGAGAAUAUCUGUUUGUGAUAGCUCAACUUCUCUUCGGAUUGCUUCUCUUCGCGACGGUGCUCGGUCACGUGGCAAAUAUCGUCACGUCUGUCAGUUCGGCCAGGAAGGAAUUUCAGGCGAAACUUGAUGGAGUGAAGACGUAUAUGCGUAUGAGGAGGGUACCUAAUCAUCUUCAGGUCAAAGUAAUCAAAUGGUUUGAUUACCUUUGGCUAACACAAAAAUGCUCGGAUGAGGAAAAAGCUGUCAGUUGUCUACCGGAUAAAUUGAAGGCGGAGAUUGCAAUUAAUGUUCAUCUGGAUACGUUGAAGAGGGUGGAGAUUUUUCAAAACACGGAGGCUGGCUUCCUGUGCGAAUUGGUUUUAAGGCUACGACCCGUACUCUUCUCACCUGGUGACUAUAUUUGUCGAAAAGGUGAGGUGGGAAAGGAAAUGUACAUAGUGAACAGAGGUCGACUGCAAGUGGUAGCGGACAAUGGAAAGACGGUGCUCGCCACUCUAAAGGCGGGUUCCUACUUCGGGGAGAUCAGCAUUCUCAAUAUGGGGACCGCAGGUAAAGAGUGCGGUAACCGACGAACAGCGAGCGUGAGAUCAGUUGGCUACUCGGAUCUAUUCGUUCUCAGCAAAAAGGACAUGUGGGACGUUCUCAAGGAAUAUCCGGCAGCCAGGGUACGAUUGGAAGCCAUCGCCGUUAAGAGACUGGAAAAAUAUAAACGAGCACCACUCGAAAAGGCUGCGAUGGGAAGAUGUCAGAGUACACCGGGACUGGUGGAAUCGAAGGGUCGAAUACCCUUGGAGGAUAUGUGGAUAUCACCGAUUGACAUCAAGGCAACCCAUCAAUAUCCAGUGAGUCAUUCCGUCUUCUCGCCGAGUCCAAGUCCCGUUCAAUCAAGAGGUGUCACGAGUGCCAAUAAUGGUAACGUGAUCGGCAAUUCGAGAAAUAUGGAUAGUCCAACUAGUGCAGCAAGCAGCCACAGUAGUGAAGAUCCGACAGCCAGAGCGACUCAUUUAGGAACAGCUCAACUCUCCACCGGAAGACAAUCCUCUCACUCUGGUAUGACGUGCAACAGUAUGACUCAAUUAGUGAGCGAAGGAACGACUCCAGUGUUGGGCACGCACGAGGUUCUUUUGGCGGAAAUAAAACGAUUGCGAGAGCGAUUGGUGGGUUUGGAAACUGAGAAUGCAGCGAUGAGCGUAAAAUUAAAUCAACAACAAUGGGAAGUUGAGAAUCGUCUAAAGGAAAUUGAAAUGCAAAUUGGUGGUGCGAGUUCAACAUCCAGUGUCGAGGAUGAAAGAAAUCGCGAGAGCAUUAUUUAACGAGAAACACAGCCGCGAGAGCGCGGCAAGACGAAAAU